AUGAACAGGCUUAACACGACGUCGGUUUCUCUGGCCGUAACGCCAACGGUAGUCACCACCUUGUUUUCACACUACCUGAACAAGAAGAACUUGAAAGAGCACCCGACCACGCAUCUUUCGUACGACGAGGGGCUGCACCUUGUCCGAUCGUUCCUCGAGUAUGCCUCUCAACACACCGUCGAAGAGAUCCAGGGAUUCACGGCCCAAUGGGUCCCGCACCCGCAAUGGGUCAAGCUGGAGACCGUGACCAUUCCUGACGAACACCUCGGCCGAGCAGCAGAAUUGAUCGAGGGGGAGCUGGGGCCUGACGGCAUCAGCCAGGUUGGGGGCAGGAAAUGGUGGCACUGGCGAGGUCCGAAAGGGCCUUUGGAGGCCGAGUGGAUUGAGAUGCGGGCGGAUGCCAAUGAGCGGAAGAAGAACAACGAGCCGCUGCGUCGCGUGAUGCUUUACGUACACGGGGGUGCGUAUUAUUUUGGGAGCGUCGACGAGCAUCGGUACCAGUUACAGCGCCACGCGAGAAAACUGAAAGCUAGAGUCUUUGCACCGCGAUAUCGACUGUCUCCUCAAUUUCCAUUUCCAUGUGGCCUCCAGGACUGUUUGGCGGCGUAUCUAUAUCUGCUGAAAACGCAAGACCCGAGCACGAUUAUCUUUGCUGGAGACUCGGCGGGUGGUGGCAUGGUAACGUCCAUGCUGUGCCUUCUUCGAGACCAAGGCAUUCCAUUGCCUGCCGGGGGCAUCCUCAUAAGCCCCUGGGUUGACUUGACGCACUCGUUUCCCAGCGUCGCCCUCGAGACGCCCCUGGAUUACAUACCACAGUCAGGGUUUCACCAUAAGCCAUCCAGGGCGUGGCCGCCGCCCAACGACGAUGAUGUGCAGAUGCUCAAGGCAGAGGCGGACAAGCGCAAGAAGACGGAUAAGAAACGAGCUCCGUCUACGGCCGAGCUAGAGCAGAAGCAGCAGGAUCCCGUGGUUCCGGUAGUUGAUGGCGAAACCGGCGUUCACAUUGAUAGCGCUGGCGUUCACACCGAGACGGAAAAGUUUUUGACCGUUACAAUCGAUGGAGAGCUGAUCACCAUGAAGGACCAGAUUCAGAUGUAUACGACAAAUGCCCUUCUAUCACACCCGUUGGUGAGCCCCGUCAAGCAGCCGACGCUUGGUGGGCUGCCACCUCUUCUCAUCACCGUCGGAGGUGGCGAGCUUCUUCGUGACGAGCAGAUUUACUUGGCUCACAAGUGCGCGAACCCGACAAAAUACGCUCCGCCGGACGCGGACUUGACGGAUCACGGAAGGAGAUUACUUGCCAAGUACAAGCCUACCUAUGUGCAGCUUCAAGUGUGGGACGAUCUGUGCCACGUUGCUCCGACUCUGAGCUUUACAAGCCCUGCCAAGUACAUGUACAGGUCGAUUGCGCAGUUUGGGGCCUGGGCCCUGGCUCGUGCUCAGAACAGAGAUAUUGAGAUUAUGGAUGAUGAUGCGAUUUCCGUCAUUACAAGCUCUGGCUCUGAUACAGAAGCUGGGGGGCAGGAAGAGCAAGACCAGAGUAAAGACAAAGAGCCAGCGGAUGAUUUAACCCCAGCAGAGGUUGGAAGAGCAGGAGAUCCACUUCCCCCAUUCAAGAAUUAUAUGAUUCGACAGCGUAUAGCCCGGAAUGGCGCCAUUUUGCCUCUUCCCCUGGAAAAAGACUUGCCUGGAUGCAACAUGAAGCCCGAAGAGAUUGGAGUCAUCAAAGAAGGCCCUGUUAGAAAGUGGCUAGAAACCAAGGGCGUAUGGGACCACAAAUAUGCCAGCGCCAAAGCCAAAACACAUAAAAAGAUCAUUAAAGAGAUGAUUGUUGGUUAUAAAGAUUUUGGCGCGGAUGAGCGUCCGCCGCCUACUGCAUUGGCUGGGCGAAUACCCCUGGGUACCGAGUUGCAGCCAGGGAAGAGAAGGAGAAGUUUUGGCCUGGCCAUCUGGUCCCUUUGGGGAUCAAAGCAUGACGAGAUGACGGUGGAGAGAGAGCAGAAGGCUAAUUUCGAACCUGAGAUGCAAGCCGUUGCUCCGGAGCUGAAUAACGAGGCUCCGUUGGAGUCUGGAGGCGAGAAACGUGGACAUAGCCGCAGACCUUCUCGUCAGCGGAUUGUGCGAGAUGAGCAUCAAACCGGCAGUGAAGAGACGGAGGGGGAAACUGUUGUGGGGCAAUUGAUUGCCAUGCGCCGAGAGCAGGAGGCAGCUCACGAUGGUCUCCUCAGCCCAGACUAUUCCCCUGACACGGGUGUGGCUGGAAAGAGGCCGUUCCUUGACGGCAUCGCCUUGCCAUUCAGCAUUAAGAAUGAUGCAGAAACAGCGAGCAUGAUUACGCUGAAUUCAGCAAUGACGCCUGGUUCGCGACCUAUGAGCCCGUCGCUUGGACCAGCAUUUGUUGGCGUAACGGGCUCAAAGACAGAGCUGGGUGAGGAGAAGGCCGCUGCUAAUGGGGUAGCUGAAGACAAUGAGAAUGUCGAAGCACAGCGUCCGGGCAUUGAGACUUUUGUGACAGCACAAGAAGAAUUGCCGCAGGUCAAGAUAGAGACGUGA